AUGUUACCAAAGUGCAGCGGUCUAAGCGCGAUGCGCGUCUUUCUCGCUGUUGCAGUGAACGUGGUGGACGGGGAGGUGCUGCAGAUCACCAAAGUGAGCCGGCUGCACAUGGGCGCCUACCUGUGCAUCGCCUCCAACGGGGUACCGCCCUCCAUCAGCAAGCGGGUGGUGCUUCGGGUGCAAUUCCCGCCCAUGCUCUCCAUCCCCAACCAGCUGGAGGGAGCGUAUUUGGGGCAGGACGUGCAGCUGGAGUGCCACACGGAGGCGUACCCCACCUCCAUCAACUACUGGACCACCGAGCGCGGGGACAUGAUCGUCUCGGGAGACAAGUACGAGGCUGUGUCAAUGGACAACGGCUACAACAAGUACAUGAUGCUCAAGAUUCGCAGCGUCAGCAAAGGAGACUUCGGUUCGUACAAAUGCGUCGCCAAAAACUCUCUGGGGGAGACGGACGGCGUCAUUAAGCUUGACGAGAUCCCCGCCCCCUCCACUACCUCAACGUCGACGGCGCUGUCGGUGACGUCACCCACUACGCUCACCAAGAACGUGUACAUCGCGUACGACGACGACGCGCGCCGGGGCGUCUCGGCGCCCGGGUGGCGGCCGGCGGGCACAGCGCGGCGGCGGCCAAGGGGCGGGCGGCGUGGUCGCGCGCGGGGGCGGGCGCGGGGGCGGCGGCAGCGCGGC